UUAGAUGAUGAUGAAAAUGCAAUUGAGUUUGAUUGGGGUGAUGAGGAAGAUGAUGGAUCUCCAUGGGAAGGGGCCAUUGUCUAUAGGCGAAACCCUUCAAUAUCUCACAUGGAAUACUGCACUACUUUAGAAAGACUUGGUUUAGGCAAAAUUUCAUUGGAAUUGUCAAGGUCUACUGCAUCAUCAAUGGGAUUACGAGUGACUAAAGCUGUAAAGGAUUUUACGGAUGGAACACCUGUACUUAUUUCUGUUGAUGUUACCCAAAAAAAGCAUAUAUUAAGGCCUGAUGGCAUCAUAAGAACAGUUCUCUCCCUUGCUUGCAACAGGUGCGGUAGACCAGCUGCUGAAAGUGUAUUUUCCAACUUCUCUCUAUUGUUAACCGAGGAACCUGUGGAGGAGCCGAAGGUCAUAAACAUGGGAUUUAUGUUUGGUGAAGAUAAGUUGAAGAGUUCUGCUAGAACUGUUAAUGAGGAAGAAGAUGAUGAUGACGCAUUAAUUGAUCUGGAGGAUAGGCUUCAUUUUCCCCCCAAGAGAAAAGAAAUUGACGUUUCCAAGCAAAUUCGAGACCUGGUACAUCUAGAGAUCACCAUUAAUGCAGUAUGUGAUCCCAAAUGCAAAGGCUUGUGUCUAAAUUGUGGUACGAAUAUGAAUACCGGUGUCUGUGAUAGGCGUGUCGCGUACCUAACAAAAAUAAUCUAACAAGACCACUACUAUGUAGAUGGGCAAGUAAGAAUU